AUGCCAAAAGCCACCGACUUCUGGCUCUCGAUCAAGGACAUUGCCAACAAAACCUAUCUCGAAACCGCGGUAAAACGAUACGCCAAAUGGUCUACAACUUACGAGGCGACGGCGCCGUCUUUCGCGAAACAAGUCUUCACCAUCGAUCCAGAGAAUAUGAAGACGAUUCUUCCGACGGACUUUGAGCGGUGGGAGCUUGGAGAUAGGCGCAGGGUUAUGUUACAAGACUUGAUCCAGAACUCCAUUUUUGUUGUUGAUGGGAAAGCUUGGGAACACUCGCGGGCCCUCCUCCGCCCCAGCUUCAAAAAAGUCAACACAGAAGACACCGGUUUCUUCGAGGCCCACUUCCAAGAGCUCCUCCAAGUCCUGCCCACCAUCAACUCGUUCUCCGGUCUCAUCGAUGUCGACCUACAACCUCUCUUCCUCCGCAUGACCCUCGACUCCGCGACGGAACUCCUCCUAGGCAAAUCCUUCCACGCUCAACUGUCGCAUUCCGAGCCCCAAACGAAAGCCUUCGUCGAAACCUUCGAUUUUGCCACAAGGAACGUGUACAAAUAUGAUACCUUACGCAACGGCUUCCUCUCCCCACUGGGAAUGCUCAACUGGGCUUUCCGCGGCGGCGGCAAAGACAAAUUCACAAAGUCCUGCGAGGCGGUUCACCGGGCCAUCGACGAUAGGAUCACACAACGACUGCAGGAGGGUUUCAGUAGUGCCGCGGAUAUCAAGAGGUAUAUUUUCUUGGAGGGUUUGUCGCAGGAGACGAACGACAAGACGCAGAUCCGCGACGAGAUCCUCAGCGUUCUGUUCGCGGGCCGUGAUUCCACUGGUUCUUUGCUCAGCAACGCCAUAUUCAUGCUGGCCCGGAAACCUGAGGUUUGGAACACGCUGCGUGAGGAAGUUAUGAGGGUAACGCAGGGAUGUUUGCCGGACGCUUCGAUGCUUCGUCAGAUGAAGUUUUUGCGCAAUGUUCUGAACGAAACCCUCCGACUCUUCCCACCAAUCCCAGUGAACGCCCGUGUUGCAAACGUCAACACCACCCUCCCACGCGGCGGCGGUCCCACUGGCCAAGAUCCCUUAUUCGUCGCAGCCGGAACUCGAGUCCAAUACCACUGUUACGCAGCUCACCGAUCAUUCGAAACGUACGGCCCGACUGCCCUCGAGUGGGACCCCUCACGUUGGGACGAUGCCUCCUUCAAACCGGGCUGGGGUUAUUUGCCUUUCAACGGCGGUCCCCGAAUCUGUCCCGGCCAAGUCUUCUCGACCUUCGAGUUUACGUAUAUCCUCGUGAGGAUGGCGCAGGAGUUCAAGUCGGUAGAGAGACGCGAGCCGAAGAUGGAGUACGAGUCUAGUAUUGGGCUUUCUACGCUGAAUCGGUUGGGGACUAAGGUUGCUCUGGCGAAGGCUUGA